AUGGGGGUGAUUGAUGGAUUACUAAAUGUUGAUCCUGCGAUACCGCAACCUUCUUGGUUCCAGACUCCAUCGGUUGUAGAAAUUCAAGCAGGUCACUACCGAGCCCUCGGCCGAGUUAUUCAUCUAAAAUACUUGAAGGAGCAGCUGGAAGGGAAACAAGGUCUAAACUUCAGUAAUCUGAGAAAAACAAUGAAUCUUGUUCGGCAGCUGGAUAUUCUUGCAGAUACAGUUUACAUCGAGGGUGCUAUUUCCCUUCAUGGAGUCAAAACUGUUCAAAUAUUUGCAAGAGAGAUAAUUUCUUCCCGUGGAAGUAAGGUAGAUUUCUCUGCACCAAAUUGGAACCAGAUGUUUAAAGAAUCAAUUAGGCCUGGAAAAGAUGGAGAAAGUGGGGAACCUGGUAUCACUGGGCCACAGGUCCACAUACACUGUGACCACAUCUUUGGGAACCUGGAGGUGAUUUCGAGCGGCGGAAAUGGACACCGGGGACAAGAUGGUGGCGAUGGAGCUGCAGCGAGAGAUAGCAAAGAUGUGCGACCAGAUGUUUCUGCGAGUGUUUGCGCUGGUCGCAGUUUUAAGUGCUAUCGUCGUAGGCACAAUGGACCACCCGGCAUCCGAGGAAAACGUGGACAAAAAGGAGGGAAUGCUGGGAUACCUGGAAGUGGAGGACAUAACGGACGUGUAUUCAUCCACUCUGGAAGGUUAAACGGCCAAGUUACUAUUCAUUCAUGCAUAGGUCGUGGGGCUCAGCCGGCCAAGAACGGGGUCGGUGGAAAAGGUGGUGCUGGUGGUCUCGGAGGGAGAGGAAGGCAAUGUGUAUUUGUCAAGUACGUGUUCAAGUGUGCCACUGCAAGAAUGAUUGGAAGAGGUCCCCAGGGAAAACGUGGUCCAAAAGGAACAUCGGGAAAUACGCCUUUAACUCCGGGUAGGGAUGGUUCUUUCCAAGCACCACCCAUCUAUCGAAGCGGGGAACUGCAACCAAAAAUAAAAAUAAAGUAUCCUCUGGAUCUCCUUCAUGUCAUGCACAGACAAGCUGAGGACUUGUUACUAAGCAAUAGUCACAGUCACAAAGGCAGAGCCGCUUUGAAAUUCAUACUGAGCCUGGCGAACGAUAGAAGUGACGCGGAAGAUAUCAAAAAAGACGUCAGGAGAAAGCUGGGUUUCCUGGGCAAAAAAGGCUACGACAUUUUUGGAAAGAACGUCCUGUUUGCCCCGCGUGUCAAGUGGGAAGCCCUCGAGGGAUCAGUAGAGAAUAUCAGAAAGGCGGCUGAAAUUUACGAAGAAGCGUUUAACGAUAUCACGUCUACUGAGCAGAAAAACCAAGAUUUCAAAACGAUGGCUGCUAAAAUGUCAUCAGUGUCAGAGUUACAAGUCAAGGCAGAAGCUGAUAGGCUCAACGGAGCCCGAGAUAGCGCCAUGUCUGAAAAGAGGACGUAUGUCAAGUCAAUUCAGCAACUAGAGGAACAACUAGCCAGUUUACUUCUUGAACUAAAACAAAUGUUGCCUAAUGUUUAUGACCAAGCAAAAUUCAAUCCCGAUGACUUGUUAGCGAUACUUCAGGGUAUCACUGGGUUUGUUGGAGCAAUUAAAGGUAAGGACCCUUUGGAUUUUAUCGACACAGCUCUUGGCCUGGCUGGAUCACAGUCCGGAAAGCAGUGUCUUGGUUCUCUUGAAAGCAACCUGGGAAGUAUAAAGAAAUGGUUGACCUUUGGGAAGGUUUACACUCCCCUUGUUGAUUCUAGCGACUUAGACUUCGACAAACUCGAUGUUGCUUCUGUGCCUGAAAUAAUGCAGGCCAAUCUUGAGAUGAACAAGGAAAAACUCGCAGCCGAAUUAGUUUGCCUCUUAGAUGUGGCCUCCAGACCUCAAGACAUUGCUGGGUUCAAACAAGUUAUGGAGUCAUUUUUCAUCGCUGGAACAACACGCAUUGAUCUGAUAGGAAAAGUUAUGGACCUCGAUAACGAAAUCGGGGGGUACAGCUUUGAUAUCCCUAUCCUAGUAGAAACACAGAAGGCCAUAACUGAUAUUGGUAAAGCGAAAGAUACUCCUAUCAGCAAAACUCUGCAACAGACCUUCCUGGAACAUCUUCUCAGCACAUACAGAGAACUGGAACGAUCAUUCAUGAAAAAGGUGUACGAGCUUUACAAAGCCUUCCAGUUUCGUACACUCUGGGAGGGAAACAACCCGCUCUCUUCCUUCCAAAGAGUGGCCAGUGAAAGCGCGCGGGGGACUGGGCGCCUCAAUGGUGCUGUCCAGUUAACGGAAGUGCUUCGUAAGACGAAGGACAUUCAAGACAAGGCUAUGCUUUGUUUCACUAACAAUAUUUAUACCACUGAUAUUAUGAAGUGGAGUUUUGACAACGUUAAAGACAAAGAGAUCUUUCAAGAGCUGUACAAAGGUCACACCAAAUUCAGUCUCGACGUCAAAAACAGUUGUACCUCGUGUUACAACGUUCGUCUGCUAAAGAUUUAUGUUGAGCUUUACGGCCCAGAAAAACAACCCGCAGGUGUCCCCGAUAAAGUUCAUCUUCAAAUCCGCCAUCUUAGCGGCUCAAGCUUUCGUGCAGGCGACAACAGCAUCAAACACUAUCGACAGUCUGUAGGCUCGUACAGGAAAAUCACGUUUGACCGGUCAGCAGUUACUAAAGAAGGGAAGUGUAACAGGAAAAAAGCAAAGGGAAGAAACACCAGUAACUUUUGCAUGAACAAGGAUGAUUCUCGCUGGAAUGAGAUGUGUAGUCACCCCCUGAAUCCAAGCGGGAGUACUUGCCAAGACAAACUCCUGGGAAUGGAGGAAUGCAAGAGUCCGUUUGGUAUCUACGAACUGAAGAUUCCUGUGAAUAAAGACCUGGCUUGUGAAAACACAGGAAUAACAGACAAGAACUGCAAGGAUCUUGACCUUAAAAAGUUUACGAAAAUGAACGUGUGGACUCAUUUUUUCUUCUGGUCAGACCAUUAUCCUACUGGACCGGAAGAUCGCAUAUGUAUGAGCCCGCGGAACAAAAGGAAUGAAACGGAAGACAUAGCUUGGGACUUCGUGUAG